AAAUUUUUCUAAACAAAUAACAAAAAAAUUUUAGUCACUUCUUGUUACGUUAUUUAGGUUCGACAAUAUUGUUUUUAAAAUAAAAUUUGAAAUCUCCAGCCUGAUAAACCUCCGUUACACCUCUAUUACAUCCUUAAAACAAAAGAUCCGUUCCACCCAAUAGCUCCAACGAUUGAACCUUCUGCAAAUUUUCUACCCUCAGUCAUAGGAUACAUUUUAGCAUACCUAAAAUAAGUCCUCAAUUAUUUAUUGUUAUCAAAUUGAUGAUCGAAUAAUAAAAUAAAUAACUUCAAGACUUGAAUUCAGUUAAUACCUUUAUGCUUCUUCAAAUUACUUGUGGGUUUUUGUUCCCACCGUUAAUAUGGAUUGUCUGGACAUAUAUUAAACAUCUUUAUGAUUGUUUGAGUUAUCCACAAGGACCAAUACCACUGCCAUUUAUAGGAAAUGCUCAUCUUUUAAGAAAAGGUGAACCUUACAAGGAAUUAGUUAAUCUUGGAAAGAUAUAUGGUGAUGUUUUUGGAUUUAGUAUCGGUUCAAUUAGAUAUGUAGUUGUAAACAAUUUAGAAGGUAUUAAGGAAGUUUUGAUUAAAAAAGGUUCACAGUUUGCUGGUCGUCCAAGGCUAAAACUUACUAUUAGUAAAGCUUUGAGUAGGGGUAUGAAUGGCCUUAUUAUGAGUGAUCCUUCACCACAUUUUAGAAUUUUACGAAAAUUAGCAUCAUCUUCGUUAAAAAUUUAUGCUGAAGGAUUAGACGGGAUGGAGAAAAAAGCUAUAAAUGAGUACAGUUAUUUGCAUAAAAAAUUAUCAACAAUGAAUGGAAAGGCUGUAUCUUUAAAAAGAAUGAUAGAGUUCAGCACUCUCAACAUAAUUUGCACAAUACUUUUUAAUCAUCGAUAUGAUGAAAAUGAUCAAGAAUUUCAAGAUAUCAUAAAAUAUUCAAAUUUGUCUGUUAGAGCAUCUAGUGCAACCAGUCUUAUAUCUUCUAUUCCAUGGUUACGGUUUUUUCCUUCAACUGCUUCAAGAAAUAUUUAUGAAAUAAUAAGACUUCGUGAUCCGAUUUUGAAACGGAAACUUCAAGAACACCGAAGUUCUUAUGAUGAAAACAAUUUACGCGAUGUGACUGAUUCCUUAAUAAAAGUCUCUUUGGAUUCAGCAUUGGAAAACAAUUCACAUGAGAAAAUCACAGAUGAUAACAUUGAGUUUCUUUUAAACGAUUUUAUAAUUGCUGGAUCAGAAACGUCGUCAAACACUGUUCUUUGGUUUAUUGUUUAUAUGUUGCAUUGGCCAGAAUAUCAGGAUAAACUUUAUAAUGAAAUUUUAAAGAUAACAUCCGGAAAUCGUUAUCCAUGUUUAAGCGAUCGCCCUAUGCUUCAUUUGAUGCAAGCUGCAAUUCAUGAAACACUUAGGCUGUCGUCAGUAGCACCUUUGGGUGUAGGUCAUAAAGCAAUGGAAAGCAGUAGCAUCUGUGGUAAACCUGUUCCAAAGGGUGCUUUUAUAUUAACAAACUUGUGGAGCAUACAUCACGAUGAGACUCAUUGGAAUAAUGCCAUGAGUUUUUAUCCAGAACGUUGGCUGGAAAAAUCUGGUGAGUUUAAUUUGAAACUUGGUGAAGCGUACUUACCAUUUUCAAGUGGACCGCGUAGUUGUUUGGGAGAAACAUUAGCUAAAAUUGAAUUGUUUGUAUUUAUAUCACGGUUAGUAAAAGAUUAUCGGUUUGAAAAACCAACUGAAGAAGAGUUACCAAACUUAAAAGGUGAAUCUGGCAUAACUCGCACUCCUUCUGAAUUUAAAGUUAUGGCUAUUCCAAGAAAUUAAAAUUAAAAACACGUUUUUUAUGAAGAAAUAAUUUCAAAAACUUCGAAUAAAAAAGUUACGUUAUAUAUAUCAAUACCAUUAGUAGCGUCGUAGAACUUUUUAAAUAAUAUUAAAAUUA